AUGGCUUCCGGGUACGAGCGUGGCCAUUUCGCCCCCCCAACCGGCCAGGAAAUUGGAUUUGUUUAUGAUCCUCCCCUUGAGGGACCUGAAAGUGAGGCACAUGGAAUGAGUUUCGAUACCGCGUUCCUUGGCAACCGGUCCGAGGAGCUACGCAAUGGAAACAUGAUCGUACGCACUUCUGGCUGGGGAGGUAGCCCAGGUGGCUAUCGCUUGGCUUUCUACCGUGUCGAGGUCAAUGGGUCUGAAACAUUACUCACGAACGAAUAUGCACCGCUCAAAUCAAUCAAUCCACGCUAUUAUUCCUGGAACGGACCGGGGGGUGAAUUUGCGGCUGAGUUCUCUUUCAGCGCGACUCCUGAUGAGCAGAUCUAUGGAACAGGCACCCAGCAAGAUCACCUUGUCAAUAAAAAGGGCAUGGUAAUUGACCUAGUCAACUUCAACACUCACAUUCCCACUCCGAUGUUUAUGAGUAACAAGGGCUACGGUUUUGUGUGGAACAUGGCCUCGACGGGUCGUAUGGAGUUCGGACAGCUACGCAAUAGAUUCACCACGGACUCUGCUACUGCGGUUGACUAUUUCAUUGUCGCCGCAGCACCGGGUGACUACGAUACACUCCAACGACGCCUGUCGGCCCUCACUGGUCGUGCACCCAAACCACCAAGCUGGUCACUGGGCUAUAUACAAUCCAAAUUGCGGUAUGAAAACCAGACUGAGGUGGUUCAACUAGCCGAGCAGUUCCAUAAAAGACAAAUCCCAGUCUCCUUGAUCGUUAUCGACUACCAGUCCUGGGCUCACCAGGGGGACUGGGGUCUUGAUCCAAGGCUGUGGCCACGUGUUGAUGAAAUGGCACAGAAGGUGAAGGAACUGACCAAUGCGGAGAUGAUGGCAUCUCUUUGGCCGAGCGUGGCAGAUGAUAGUGUCAACUAUCUCGAAAUGAUGGCUCAAGGAUACCUCUCUGCCACUCGGUCGGGUCCAGGGACAACCGACUCGUGGAAUGGAUCCUAUAUUCGCAAUUACGACUCUACAAACCCAGGCGCUCGGCAGUUUCUAUGGAAAACUCUGAAGCAGAACUACUUUGACAAAGGGAUCAAGAACUUUUGGAUUGAUCAAGCUGAUGGUGGGGCACUUGGUGAGGCAUACCAAAAUAACGGGCAGAGCGAUUACAUUGAAUCGAUCCCCUUCCCGAUGCCAAAUGCCUUGUAUGCUGCAGGGACUCAAAGCAGCAUUGGGAAACUCUAUCCCUGGGCCCAUCAACAGGCUAUCGAAGAAGGGUUCCGUAAUGAAUCCUCAACGGAGAUAGGAAGCCCUUGUGACUAUUUAUCUCUCAGUCGCUCCGGUUAUAUUGGAUCCCAGAGAUUCUGCAGUAUGAUUUGGUCUGGUGACACGACAGCGGUCUGGGAAACCCUCGGUGCCCAGAUUGCCAGUGGUCUCUCUGCCGCUGCCACUGGCUGGGGCUGGUGGACUCUAGAUGCCGGUGGCUUCCAGGCUGAUCCCACCGUCUCAUGGAGUGCCAAUAUUGACCGUCCGGAGUAUCGUGAGCUUUAUGUCCGAUGGCUUCAAUGGACUACUUUCCUGCCUUUCAUGCGCACCCACGGGUCUCGCGCUUGCGAUGUACAGAGUGGCUAUACGUGCGACAAUGAGCCAUGGUCCUACGGAGAAACAAACACGCCCAUCAUCGUGUCAUACAUUCAUCUCCGCUACCAGCUAGCUGAAUAUGUUCAGGAACUCUUCUCUCAACUCCAUCACACCGGCCGCAUGAUUCUUCGGCCACUUUACAUGGACUUUCAGACUUCAGAUGCUCAAGUAGCCGAGUGGACGCGGCAGAACCACAAUGUGACCACACAGCAAUACAUGUUUGGACCGCGACUCCUCGUCACGCCCGUCACGCUUCCUAAUAUGACUGAGUGGCCUGUAUAUCUGCCUCGGACUGCUGGGAAUAAUACAAGGCCCUGGACUUAUUGGUGGACAAACGAGACCUAUUCCGGUGGUCAGAUGGUGACCGUCCCUGCUCCAGUUGAGCAUAUUCCACUGUUCCACCUGGGAUCGCGAACAGAUAUUUUGAGUGGAAAAGUCUUUGAAUGA